AUGUUUGUGUGUGUGUUUAUCUGUUCAGUGGUACUUCGUCCUAAUUUCUGUUUUUUUCUCUUCCGCAGCAGCGAGGAGAUCCGACAAAGUUUGGAUGUGCUUGACCGUGUGUUGUCAGAGUUUGAUGACAUUGAGACAGACACCAACGACGAGUCUCCAGCACCCCAGUCUGCCAACCACUGCUCCAACACCUCGGAUCCGGAGCCUUCAGACCCUCCACCGGUAGACCGGACCCUCAAGCCCCGAGAUGCUGCCGUCCCCGUGCCCCCGGAACUGCCCCGGAAGACCCGUCUACCUUGCCCCGGCUCGGGUAGUUCCUCCCCGUCCAGCCACGAGUACCAGGAGAUAAACUCUGAUGUGUGUGUCUCCCAGCGCCUGCUGCCGGAGGUGCCUGACUCUCCGUCAGUACCUCCGUCAAUACCUCCGUCGGUACCUCCGUCGGUACCUCCGUCAGUACCUCCGUCAGUACCACUGACUGCUCUGCCUGCUAAAGGCGGCGUCAGGAGGCAAAUGUCAGAGGAUCGGGCGAGAUUACGACGUCAGGAGGAUGACAGCCGCCGUCAGCCACGCCGUCAGCGUAGCGAGGACACCCGUCUUCGUCGCGACGACCUGUCGUCCAGUUCGGGCGAUCUUACGACCAUGGACACGCGGGAGGUGGUCCCUAAACCCAGGACUCCCAGGGACAGUCGCGGGCGCUCUAGGGACGCCCUCAGGGUCUCCAGAGACAAUAGGGACGUCAGGGAACCACGACACCUGAGGAAGAGUCGUUCAGGUGAGGUGGAAGGUCGUAGCUACAGUCAGGAUGGUCGUCAGCGCUCCAGGUCGUCAGACAGGUGGCUAGACCACACCACCUACCAGGACCACCUGUUGGAUCAACGCAUCCACAACCAUACGUUGCUGGAUCCACGAAUGGUGGAUCCAAGAAUGGUGGAUCCAAGAAUGAUUGAUCCAAGAAUGAUUGAUCCACGGUAUAUGGAUGAGCCGUUCCCUCACCCUCAGGACCCCAUCAGGUUCCCUCACCUGAUGGGGUAUCCACCCAUGUGCCAAGCCAAUCCCAUGUCUCCUGGUAGGGUAUCCCCCGUGCCAGUCCCGCCCUUCCUUCCCAUGGAAUACCCGACAUAUCCUCUCUAUCCCUUCGAAGUGGGAUACCUCCCCGAUCCUAUGCUGGGGGGAAGCUUCCUGCCUCCUCCUCCUCACCCCCAUCACCCGGCCUACCCGCGAGACCUCCCUCCAGAGUACAUCCACCCGGAUUUUCUCCCGCCAGACUACCCGCUGGACUACCCACUUGAGUAUGGUCCGCCGCCCCACCACCCCACCGUGAUGGGCGGCUUGUGGGGCGGACACCACCCACGGGAUGACUGGCCACCGCCCACACCUGAACAAGCUCAGCAGCUCAUUAAUAGUGUAGUCAGGAAUCCGAGUCGCAACAGCAGUGGAGAUACUGAGAGGGGAGGAGCAGACACCACUCCAGCACACCUCCAGCCUGUAGUGAAACGCAGUAAUCAACGCCUCACUUCAAUAGGACAUUCCGACAGCUCUGGGUUAUCUUCACCCACUGAAGAAAGACGUCCCCUCAAUAGAAUGCAGUCUAGCUAUCGAACCAACAAUCAUCCCUUCAGAGAGACGUCUUCAGAAUUCAGGGUCGGAGAAGCUGUCAGAGAUGCAAGUCCAAGAGGGCCAAUGAAGAGUUCUGCAUCACUACCACACUUCUCUUCAGAUGGGAGUGAGGGGUCCAAGUUCCGGUUCAACUUCUUCCGGGGGUUCUGGCGGCGGAAACAGUACUCCUUUGACAACAAGGUGUAGAAAUGAAGGUCCUGGCAUUGGUAGCAAGGGACCCUUUUCAUCCACCUUCAGCAGGCAAUGUAUCAAACCUCUGCUUUCUUCUCUUAAGGCUCCAAGUAGGACUUCCAAACCCUUUCUUUUGACUUCAAAACCUUUGUCGUUUACCUCGGAAUCGUCGUUUGUGAUUGCAAAGCCUUCAUCGUCAACCUCAAAAUAGCAGUCGUCCUCAAAACUGCUAACCUUGAAAUCUUCACCCUCGAUUGCGAAACCUUAGGUGACCUUAAAACCACAACUCAGACUCUCGAACUAAAAGAUGACAGCGUAUAAAUAUAUUUUAAGCGAAUCGUUAUAAAAAAAAAUACAAAUAUUGUAACCUGCAUUAACAUCUUGCAAGUUAAAUGAAAUAUACCAUAAGAAUGGUAUUGAGCAAGCAAGAUAGAGGCUUGUCAUUUGGUACAUGUGGACCUGUUGAGUCUAUAUGAAGAUGCAAGAAACUUGGAUGACAGGUAGUGAGGAAGCAUGUUCUCUGGUCUUAAUCCUCUCAAGAUGAAGCAAAGAAAAUUGAGCAAGAAAUUAGAAUGCAUAAGUAGCUUGAACAUGACUUUAGGUGCACUUGACGUCGAAAUAUUGAUUACACUUUAUUCUAAGGCUUUAUUGCCAUGUAAAUAAUUAUUUGUAAGUUAGGUUGUAUAUUUUAAAUUGUUUAUAUACAUAUACAAUAUAUAUAUAUAUAUAUAUAUUCCCUGACAUGUGGGGGUCAGAGGUGAUGAAAUAUACAGUUCAUUCUGGUAUAUCAAGAAUGAUCAUGAUGAACACCAUCCUAAUUUCAAUGUAUCGCAUUAAAAAUCAAAAGCAUCUCCUAAUGUCCAUAAUGAACUAAGUUUAUUAUGCAUUGUCGAUGAAGUGAAGUCAUCUGUGUUCACUUGAGCUGUGAGAACACAAGCCAAUUAGACCAAUGUUUUCUUUAGAGUUGACAUGUACAGUUUGCAUACCAUUGUUUAUUUGGUGUGGAAAUCCUCUGGUAUUGCUCCGUCAGUGUAACACCUCAUAUAAAACUAUGAUUAAGCCCUGAACUCCAUAGUGAAAACAGUCUGCAAUAUUAUUUCUUGUUCCAGAUAUAUCUGCCAGGUAGUUACAUUACCAAUUAAUAAGGUAAAGAUAUAACCUAUUUGUAGAUUCCAAAGUGGUCACUUCCCUGGUGCUUGGUCCCAUAUCAGACUACAUAUAGGAAGCUAAGAUGGCUUCCAACCCUUCUACAGGUACUCACACAUGAGCUAUUAUCAGUCUACCAUUCAGUGGGAAUGAUAAUGCAUUGCAUCAUCCCUUUUCAACCCAGACUCAUUAAUAACCCACAAAAUGAAAAAUUGGAAGUUCAGCCCACUCUGAACUAUUGCUAUAAUCCACUAACCACUUUAUUGAUGGUAAGUGGGUGGAAAUAUAGGGGUAUGUUAUUUACCCCAGCAGCAUUGACCAUUGAAUAGAACAAGUCUGUGUGACUCGCGAUGAAGAUGUACCUAGGGUAUUUAGUAUGCUCAGGAUGAAUUAUGGGUUGAAACUUUAAACAUUCUGGUUUGGCAAGGAUGUUGCAGGGUUGAGUUUCCACCACUGUGUGCAGGAUGACCCACACGGGAUUAAGUGGUUUUCAAAGCACUUUCUGGAAUUUACAUUGGCUGUAAAGUGUUGUGUAAUUAUGAUAUUUAAGCUUAAAUAUGGAACAGUACAUUAUUAAGUUGAAGCAUGAAUAUAGUAUGACACGUUAUGGAAGCCAUAUCGUAAGUCUUUCGUGGCAUUUUUUUUUUUAGCCAUAACUAAUGCCUGUUUAAGUGCUGUUUUCUUUUUCUCCCCCCCCCCCCAAAACAAAUCUGAAGUGGUCUAAUCAGAUUCUUUACCACAAAUUCAUUUAAAUAUAUUGAAGCAAGUGCUGUUUACUUUAGAGUUUAUAUUGCUUUAAGGUGAUUGGGUGUAAUUAGUCAGGUGACCAGUUAAUUGAAAUAUGUAUCCUCUUAAUUCAUCUCCACUACCUUUGGUGUGUAAUAAAGAGGACCUGACAUGGUAACUUAACUCUGGCAUCAUACCAGUUGGCAGAAAUAAUUUAAAAAUCUCUGAAAUUGUUGCAAAAAGGCAUCUUUAAUUCAGAAAAGGAGUCUGUAUAAAAUUAAAAUUGUCACCAUGGAAGACACCAUUACCACAGUCUGGAUAAUUAUGGAGUGACCCAUCUGCCCAAGGAAACCAUUUUCCUGUUGAAGUGAUUGGCAUUAAAUUGAAAAAAUAACCUAUUUCCUCUUCAGUUCAUGUUUCUUAAAACACACACACACACACACCUUGCACUGUAUUUACAUUAUAAUUAGUUAAAUGACAACCUGUGUAAUGCAUACAGAUGAGAAAUAGCUUAAAAUUUACCUAAGAAAUCAGUGCUGGCAUUUGGAUACCAUGUGUUUCUUAAUAGCAGCAGUUUUUUGAUGGUACUGACUGCAACAGUGUGAAGUUGUCUUUUGUGAACGUUAAUGAUGCCAUAAUCUACAGCCUUCUGCCCUUAUUACUGAGCAAAGUAAGGCAUGUAUGCAAGGUCACUGUGGGUCAUUCAGCAGCUAUGAAGUAAGCUACACUAAUAUGAAGGACAGUCAAAAUAUACCGUAGUCUUCAGACCUUCUAGAUUAAGUCGGUAUAGUCCUGGGUUCGCAGUUGCAAGGUUGCUACUUUGGUCCCAAACUAAAGUUUAUGCAGAAAUUUGACAGGUUUAAUUAUAAUUAGUGUAUAUUAAAUAUGUACUCUAAAAUUUAUGUAAUCUUAUGGCCAGAGAUGAUCUUGUCCAGCUAUUUACAGUAUAAUUAGUGUCACGUCCUGUAAAUAACUUAAUUUGCUAAGUCUGUUGCGAAGACUUCAUUUAUGAUUAAUAACCCAUAACAUUCCGGAGAUUUCUUAGCUUUGUAUAUACUAUAUAUAUCUUCACAUAGUGGCUGGUGUGUAAAAAUGUUUUGUAAGCCCUGUUUGAAUCUCAUCGAAGACUGCCACUUGACUAAGCCAGAGUGAAAAAUGAGAACUUAGUUUCUAGGUUUUCUAUCUGUGUCAGAAAUCAUGUUGCAUUCCAUUAAUUAAAAACGUUGAAUACGUAGUAAUAGUACAUUUUAAGCUAUCCUGAAUUUUGGCCGGCAAUAGAGGCAUUAUCGAUGGAGGUUGUAAAAGAGCAAUUCAGUACUGUCGCUGCAAUAAUUAACAAUCCUAAAUUGAGGGAAUUUUUGUUUGUCAUUAUCAAGUCGAGACUUUAUGAACUCGUUUCCUCUGCAAAUUAUAGUUCAGUUUUAAUGAAGUUAUAUACAGUAGUUUGAAAUUUCUCCAAUUACAAAUAGGUUAUAUUUAGGGGGAAGCCCUGAAUCCAUAUGGAUCAUAUAGUCCUUGCUGGGUGGAAGGCAGUCAGGGUUAGAUUGACGGGAGUUUGGUUUUUUAAUUAAAAAAGCCCCUUACCAGCAUCAAGGGGCCUCCCUCGAGAGGAUCACCGAGUCUCGAGGGAGAUGCCGUGACAGUUAUAAGCUUCUCUUGAUCCAAAGAAUUUAAUCUGGUUUCUUCUUGGAUUAAACCCAAAUGCCUUCCAUUUCCUGAGACUGCAUGACCCGUACAGGUUUAGCAUUCCAUGAAUGUAAUAAAAAUUAAAUAGUUUUCAUCAGUGAUCGAGUAGCUGGUGUUACAACGCCUCAUGAGAUUUCAGUGUCAAGGCAAGCUUAAUACUUUCCAUUUUUUUUUUUAGGCUUGCUAGGUCGUGUCAUACAUUAGUCUCCACCUAAGCCCAUGUGUAGCAUCCCUGGUACAAAACCACAUUUAUGGUUUGCCAGUGUAUACAUUGUGCUAAACCAGUUUUUCAUACACUCUUGGCAUAUUGGUUAAGUGAGCUGUACUUAAAAACUAGCUAUUUUUUUAAUGAUAUUUUUCUUUGCAUUUUUAUUAACCUGUAAAUCACUUGGAAAAUAAAACAAUAUAAAUAUUUA